CGCGGGGGAGCCAAUGGGGAAGCGCGGUCCGCCGGCUGCAGGCGUCAUCUCCUAUUGGACGUUACCUCCCGGCACGUGACCCGGCUUGUAGAGCAGCGGCGGCGGAGGGGGCGGGGCCACGGGUUGCAGAUAUCUCCGCCAUCGUCUUCUCUCACCCGCCGGCCGCAGAGGAUGCUGGGGACUCCAAAAGGACCAUGGGGUAUAGACGGGAUCCGCAGGAGCAUAUGCUGGGUCAUAUCAGGGACGCCGCAGUCUAUCUAUGGGAGGCUGCGAGAGGUAUUACCCUCUUGGGCUCAAGGGCCAAUGCCAUGGCAAUCUCGGCUAGGAGAGCGUUAUGGACUCAUCAAUGGAAUGGUGAUGCUGACUCUAAGAGGGCUAUGGAGGCACUGCCGUAUAAGGGAGGGGCUCGCGGACCUGGUAUCUACAGCUACCGCGGAACACUCUAGCGAGUGGAUAGAACCUCUCCCCAUUGUUGUCCUGGGAAAGGCAACAACAAAUUUCCUUUGUUAUCUAUUGAAAUGUGCCACCUGCUGCCUUCUGAUUGGUUCACGGACAACACUGCCCCCCUACUUUUAUUGACGGCACAUUUCCGAUAGACCGCUAAUCAAACCGUGGGUGAUGGAGUAGCAGUUUAGGUGACGCUUGGGAGAAGAGUCCGACCAAAUGAUUUUGCUUUUUUUUUUUUUUACCUCAUUUUAAUUUAGCAUAGCGUUUUAUGUUCUUAGUGUAUAUUUGGAGUUUUUAGCAUUCAAUAGUUUUGUGAGAUUUUUUUUUUUUCUGUGAUUUUAAAAAAGAAGAAAAAAAGAAAUGAGGCCAAAAAGCAUUGCGUGGAAUUAUUUCGAUAAGACCUCUGAGAAAACCGCGCUUUGCAGGCUCUGCGGGACACACAUAAAAACGUGCGGCAACACCACUAAUCUCAAUUGCCAUCUGAAAAGCAAACAUUCCGAUGUGCUUCAGACCCCGGUUCCGGGUUCAGCGGAAGGCAAAAUCAGGCUCCUUUACACGGAGUGGCCGUCUAUAAACGUCGUGCAGGUCACGGAAGAAGACGAAACUGCUGCAAAUCUUUUAUCAGAGGCUGCUGUGAACCUGAUACCGGAGCCGCAGGAGCAGCAGCCACCACCGCAAGACCCGGGACCGUCCACUCCACAUCCGCAAAUACCACAGACGCCGGUGCACCAGGACAUGAUAGCCCGUACCUUAAGGAGAGUCCACACUUUCAAGGAGACUGUUAGCGAGAGCAACCGGAUCACCCAGGCGAUCGUCUACAUGAUCUGUAAAGACAGCGAGCCGUUUAACAUCGUGGAACUGCCCGGGUUUAUAGAUUUAUUAAACACGUUGGCGCCCCAGUAUGAAAUUCCGACUCGAAAAAGUAUAAAAAAUUCUGUGAUUGAAAAGUAUUAUCAGCUCAGCAACGUCAUGAGGGAGAAGCUCGUAAACAAGAAAUGCACCCUCACGACCGAGGUUUGGGCGGAUGACCAACGGCAGAGUUAUCUCAGCCUUACAGUCCAUUUUUACGACCUUGAGGAUGUACUGUUCAGUGGGACGCUCGGGGUGUUGCCGCUUGAGGAGACUCACACGGGCGAGAACCUGGCCGAUCAGCUGAGGCAGUGGUGCAGAGACUGGGGCAUAAGGAUGGAAACCGACCACGUAAUGGCUGUCGUGACCGACAGUGGCGCAAGUGUAAAAAAAGCAGUGGAAGUAGCGUUUGGGGAGAAGAAGCACAUCCCGUGCUUCGCGCACAAUCUCAAUUUCGUUGUGGAAAAGUGUUUAGAAAUCGACAGUGUGUCGACGUUGGUUACGAAGGCCAAGGACAUCGUUGCAUGGUUCAAACAGAGCCUCGCGGCCAGCGAAGAGCUGAGGAAGUUAGACGAGAGGAAGCUGAUCAGAUCCGUCGCCGGGAGGUGGAUCUCCACCUUUCAUAUGUUGCAGCGUCUGCUCGAGCUGCAGCCGCACAUCGGUAACGUUCUGGCCAGGCAUCCUGGCUCGCCUCCCAUGCUGACCGACGCUGAGCUGGAGGAUGUGACGGAAGUCCUGGCAAUAUUGGAUCCGUUUGAAUCGGCGACACAACUGAUUAGCGGGGAGCACUACCUGAGUAGCAGCAUGGUGAUACCCAUUGCUUCGCUGAUCCUGGAUAAACUGGAGAAACUGCACCCAAGCCGCGAUAUCCCGAAGGGCGUGUUAGCCAAAGCCGUGAGUGGCAUGAAGAAGAAGUUUGGCAGGAUCGAGCACGUCUUUUUAUUAGCAAUUGCCACAGUGUUGGACCCUCGCUUUAAGAAGCUGUACUUCCGCGAUCCCACUGCCUUGUCCAAACAAAUCACCUUCUUGAGUAACAAGCUGAAAAAGGGCGGCACGGAAAGCGCCAAAGGCAAUGACUUGUCAGCGUCCGUAUGUGAGAGCGAAGAUAUACAAAAACCGUCAAGGGACCUGUUCAGUGACCACAACAACAUUGUGCAAAAGACGUGGCAGCAACGUGAGGAGUCGCCGUAUUUAAAUAUGCCACAGGAACUCUCUAUGUACCUGGUACUCUGUCCCUGUUUUCAUGGAAUCACCCUUUGCCAUCUCAACUGGUCCGCCUUUAUAAACAAGAGACACGAGGGUAGUUUUCUUUAUAGAGUGAACCGUGCUCCGCCGGAGAAAAUAGAGGAAAACCCCCUUAGAUUUUGGAAACAAAUGGAAGCCACCUAUCCGAAUCUGACGAGUGUGGCUAGGCGAUAUUUGACCACCGUGGCCACUUGUGUUCCUGCCGACUGGCUUUUCUCCAAGGCAGGAGAAAUCAAGAGCAGAUCAAGAAAUAGAAUAACGGGAAAGCUGCUUCCCAAGUUACUGUUCUUACAGAGUAUAGAUGAUCGGCUCUGGGGGGUUUAAGCGACAUAGCGUUUCCUGUAGGACGUGAUUUUCCAUUAAAGUAGCUAUGUAACGUU